AUAGCAAAAAUCAACGGAGAAGCUCCUUUCUAUCUUCUUCUUCAUCAAAUUCAUCCGAAUUGGUCACUGCAAUUCAAUUAAUGGAGGCUGAUUGCACAUCUUUGAGCUGGGAAUUCUGCACUCAUCAAGAUGGAAUGGAAGAGCUUAGGUAUGCUCUUUUCUACACGAAUUUGGAGCUUGAAACAACAAUCAUGUCAGCUAAGGAGGAGAUUUCGAGGAGAGAAUGUGAAAUUAUGAACUUGAGGGAUCUUCUCGACAGAGCCAUUAAAGAGAAAGAUGAAUUUGAAGCAAAAUGUGGUAAGCUAAUGUUGGAAAAUUUGUUUCUGCUUGAACAGCACAAGAAUCAGGAACUUGAAAUCACUCCACAAAGUGAUAGUGACUCUAGCAAGAUCUUUGAUUGUUCUGGUUCUGAUGAUAACGCAACUCAAUCUCCACAAACUGACCCGAUUGUGGGAGAGCCAUUGUUAUUAAAAGAUCUCCCACCAACUGUUUGUAAAAAUGCCUGUAAGAAUGAGAAGCCAUUGUUAUCUCAAGAACUCCCACCAACUGUUUGUAAAAAUGCCUGUGAGAAUGAGAAGCCAAUGUUAUCUCAAGAACUCCCACCAACUGUUUGUAAAAAUGCCUGUGAGAAUGAGAAGCCAUUGUUAUCUCAAGAACUCCCACCAACUGUUUGUAAAAAUGCCUGUGAGAAUGAGAAGCCAAUGUUAUCUCAAGAACUCCCACCAACUGUUUGUAAAAAUGCCUGUGAGAAUGAGAAGCCAAUGUUAUCUCAAGAACUCCCACCAACUGUUUGUAAAAAUGCCUGUGAGAAUGAGAAGCCAAUGUUAUCUCAAGAACUCCCACCAACUGUUUGUAAAAAUGCCUGUGAGAAUGAGAAGCCAAUGUUAUCUCAAGAACUCCCACCAACUGUUUGUAAAAAUGCCUGUGAGAAUGAGAAGCCAAUGUUAUCUCAAGAACUCCCACCAACUGUUUGUAAAAAUGCCUGUGAGAAUGAGAAGCCAAUGUUAUCUCAAGAACUCCCACCAACUGUUUGUAAAAAUGCCUGUGAGAAUGAGAAGCCAAUGUUAUCUCAAGAACUCCCACCAACUGUUUGUAAAAAUGCCUGUGAGAAUGAGAAGCCAUUGUUAUCUCAAGAACACCCAACUGUUCGUAAAAAUGCCUGUGAGAAUGAGAAGCCAUUGUUAUCUCAAGAACACCCACCAACUGUUUGGAAAAAUGCGUGUGAGAAUAAGAUGCCAUUGUUAUCUCAAGAACUCCCACCAACUGUUCAUAAAAAUGCCUGUGAGAACGAGAAGCCGUUGUUAUCUCAAGAACCCCCCUCAAGUGUUUGGAAAAACGCCUGUGAGAAGCAAUUGCCACAGAAAGGCAAGCUUCUACAGGCAGUGAUUGAAGCUGGCCCCCUUCUCCAGAAUCUCCUCCUUGCCGGGCCGCUGCCUCAUUGGCAGCACCCGCCACUGCUCAUCAACUCAAGCGACAUCCCACCGGUGAUCAUCUCACCUCGCCCUUCACGGCCCCUAGCUCAAAGCUCUGCCAUUGACAUUAGAAAGAGAACCCAUUCACAUCUCUCUGAGGUCUCUCAACAUUCCCAGAAGCAUCAAAAAGUGGCCCAGUAAUAUUCCAAGUAACUCUGAUCCCUCAUUCUCUCUACUUCUUUUCAAUACCCAUCUACUGAAUUACUGUCAUCUUUUUUUCUUUGUGCUGUGACUGUGAGAUGUAUAAUCUGGAGAUUGUCUGUUCCAUUCUCUUUCAAAUCACAGUUACACCCAACAAAAAAACUGGGUGAAUUCUCAUUCACUUCGUUCCAAAAAUCAAGUACAAAGCUCUUUGAAC